UUCGUUUUCGAUUUAGGAAAUACGUGCUCGAGUGUUUAUCGCGAAGUGUGCGCAGGAGCUAUUUCGUUGACAAAUUAUCCUAAUGGAAACGGUGGAAAGUACUUCCGGACGCCGUUCUCUUCGAGCGCCAAAGACGAAACAGUAUGAAUCCCCUGAAAUAUCAAGAAAACCCGCCGCAGUGAAGAAGCGGAAAGCGGAACCUGUGGUUGCCAUUCCCAAGCGACAGCGGUCGUCUAAGGCAAUUUUUGAGGUGGACUUCAUCGUCGAUCACAGACUUCACGUCCCGGUUGAAGGGGAGGACAGCGAGGACAAGUUCGAAUUCUUGAUUCGUUGGAAAGGAUUUGACCAAGAUGAGGAUACGUGGGAGCCAGAAGAAAAUCUCGGUUGUCCUGAUAAACUCAUCGAAUACCGGAGCAAAAUAUUUGGUAAAAUGUGUCACUCGAAAUCGUCCGGAAUAAAUGAAGAUGCAGUGGAAGAGAAGUUGGCGUCCCUUCGAAAUCAAGUGGAGCUUCUUUCUGACAACGAAGUGCUCGGGAAACUGACGAAGUUGAAAAGUGAAGGUGUCAUGGAUCCUUAUCUUAGCGCAGAAGCUACUGUGGCGAGGGGAUUGUUGUUUAUGAAGUACGCCGAAGAGCAGUUUUCUAUUGCGCAAACGGCAUUAAUGAUCACGCGUAAGGAAAAGCAAUCAGAGCGUCAAAAAGAAGCUUUAAAAGAGUUCGAGAGGAUGAUAGCAGAGAAAUGUCCUGAUGAAGCACGCGUUUAUGUCGAAAAUGAUGUGGAUGAUGACACCAUCCCAUCUGACUUCACGUAUAUUCGCUCCUCAUUCCCUGGAGAAGGUGUGACAAUCCCAGACGAUCCACUCACUGGUUGCAGUUGCGAAUGUUGUUCAGUAAAAUCGGCGGAAUGCUGUCCCAAGAUGAAUGGAACCCAGUUUGCGUACAAUCCUUCGAAGAAGGUCAAAAUCCCGCCAGGUUUUCCCAUCUACGAAUGCAACAAGCAUUGCAAAUGCCCGUCUGCGUGCAAUAAUCGGGUUGUGCAACUUGGGCGCCAGGUGGAGGUCGUCAUUUUCAAGACUGAGAACAAAGGUUGGGGUGUAAAGGCGAAAGAGCUUAUUAAGAAAGGGACGUUUGUAGCGUGUUACAUCGGAGAAAUCAUCACCAACUCCGAAGCUGAGCGUCGUGGACAUAAAUAUGGUACGGACGCCGAAGGACGAACGUACUUAUUCGAUUUGGAUUUUGAUUCUUCAACCAAUGUGGACUUCGUCGUGGACGCUGCGAAGCAUGGAAAUGUAUCUCACUUCGUCAAUCAUUCGUGCGAUCCCAAUUUGGGUGUGUACGCAUGCUACAUUGAUUGUCUUUUGACGAACAUGCCACACCUAGCGUUGUUCGCGCGUCGCGAUAUAAAGAAAGGAGAAGAACUUACGUUCGACUAUUCGCCGGUAUUCGAACAAGCCGAACUGACUCCUAAAAAGCUGGAUUUCUCAGAAGAAGCUGAAUCUGAUGUAAAGAGUGAAGCGGAGGAGAAGAGCGAGUCGGAGGAGAAAAACGGAACGGAAGUAAAGAGUGAAACGGAAGAGAAGAACGAAGCGGAAGUGAAGAAUGAAACGAAUGCGAAAAGUGACUUGAAAGAUGGACCGGUCCCUGACGGAAUCGCCAAUGAUGGACCAUCUGAAUCAAUCACAAAUGGCGAGAAAUCAAUUGGUCUUGAAGAAGACGAGAAAAAGGUUCAACCCUUGAAGAAGGUUGUAGCCAGGAAAUCAGCGAAAAGCACCAAGAGAAAGCCUCAUGCGCUCGACGAAGGCAGAGUGUCGUUUUCUCCUCAUGGCGGGGCUCGUGGACGUAUUGGAAUCAAGUCCUACGGAUCCCCGAUGCGGGGUUCUGAGAAUGACGACGAUGAUGCCACCAUGAUCUGUAAAUGUGGGGCAGCGAAGUUCAAGAGUGCAAUGGCUGAUGGGUUGACUUUAUUCAUUCGGAAGUUGCCUGAGGAUGCAACUACAAAAGAGGUCGAAAAUCUAUUUUCCGAAUACGGGCCGCUCUCGAAAUGCUUCGUCGUUCCGACGAAAGACGGCAAAAAAGCGAAAGGACGCGUGGCCUUCGUCACGUUCUCUUUACCUGAAGACGGUUACAAAGCAGCCGAGAAAUUGAAUGGAUUUUCUGUUCGAGAGCACGAGAUUUCCGUAGAGCCCGCGAAAUCCAAGAAGCAGUUGCGCGAUGAGAACGUGAAGAUUUCGUGGAAGAAACCGAAGGAUUCCAGUGUCGGCGAUAAACCCGAAAUCAAUCGAAAAGCACGGUUAAUCGUUCGGAAUCUUCCGUUCGCUGCUGACGAAGACAAACUUCAGCAUCAUUUUGAAGCUUGCGGAAAAGUUCUUGAAACAAGGUUGCUUCGGAGAGAUGAUGGAAGAUUGGUGGGCUGUGGAUUUGUGCAGUUCAAUUCUCCGAAUGAAGCGGCGAAAGCGGUUAAGAAUCUUAACGCGAAAAAGUUUUUAGGUCGUCCUAUUGCUGUUGAUUGGGCCGUAUCGAAAAAUCGCUACUUGGAAGCCGUCGAUUCCACGACGAAAGUGGAAACCGAUUCAGAGAAGCCAAAAGUUGAAGUGAAAGAUGAAAAUGAAGUGUCAGGGGUCAAGAGGAAACGUAGCGUCGACGAGACUCCCGGCAAACCAAAGAAGAAAAGAAAGCGUAAAAACAAAAAUCAGUCACAGGUGGAACCCCAGGAAUCGGAUGGGGAAUUUCCCACGAUCAAGUCAGAGAAUGAAGACUCGGAAGUCGACGAUGAAGCUGUUGUCAAGGAAGAACCAAUGGAUGCUUACUUCGGGGGUAAAACGAGUGAUGAAUCGGAUGAUGAAGUGAAUUCUGGUAGUGACGAAAGUGGUGACGACGACGAAACAGAAGAAAACGAGACAGAGAAAAAGAAAAAUCGUGGAGAAAAUCCUCCCGAGAGACCCGCGAUUUCUCGUGAUGUGCGUGAAGGAAAAACCGUAUUCGUUAUGAACGUUCCCUUUUCCGUCAGUGAAGAAGACUUGUCUGAAUUCAUGUCGUCUGCCUUUGGUCCCGUGAAGUAUUCCUUGUUCAACAUCGACCCAGUGACGAUGCAUCCGAAAGGCACUGCUUUUGUUCAGUUCCAAAAUUUGAAAGGUGCUGAGGCAAUCUUAUCCGCUCCUGAAGAAUCGUUGGUCUUCAGUGGAAGAACGCUGAAAGUUGUUAAAGCGUUGGGAAGAGGUGGAGCUGGUGAAGUCAAAAAAGACCAUGAAAUGAGCAAAGUCAAGCCAAUAAAGGACAAGAGAAAUUUAUACCUGGCGAGAGAAGGAUUAAUCCGAGAGGGAACAGCAUCUGCGGCAGGUGUUUCUCCGCACGACCUUACGCUCAGACAAAAUCUCGCCAAAUAUAAGAAGAACGUUUUGAAGGAUCUCACUAUGUUCGUUUCGCCGACUCGAUUAUGCAUCCAUAACGUCCCUUUUUCGAUGGACAGCAAAGAACUGCGAGAAGUAAUGCGAAAAAAUUCCCCUAAAGGUGCCGCGAUCACUGAGUGCCGUGUGAUGAGGGAUAAGAAAAACGGAAAUGUUUCAAAAGGUUUCGCAUUUGUUGCAUUUUCGGAGCCAGAGCACGCUUUGGAGGCAUUGCGGGAAUUGAACAACAACCCAAAAACCUUCUCUGCUAAAAGAAGACCCAUCGUGGAGUUCUCCAUCGAAAACGCGCUCGCUUUGAAAGCACGUGAGAAGCGACUUGCGCGGAGCAAAGAAAAACUUCCGCAGUCGAAUAAAUCAGAAACUGGAGCUGAAGAAACACCGGCUGAUUCCCGACAGCUUUCAAAGCGACAAAUGAUUCGGUUGAAGUCUUUAGAGCGGUACCGGAAGAAGCGUCUGUUGAGACGUGCCGCGAGAGAGGGUGAAGAAGGAACAGGUGUUCAAGAAUCCCCCGCGGUGAAUCGUGUAGCGAAGAAGCUGAAGCUAAAGGCGUCACGUGUUGUUGCCGGAAAUGCAGAGCGGAAGCGAUUGGAAAACGGCAAAGGAAAUAAAUCAUUUUUAGGUGCCACCAGUGAUCCUGCAAAGAAAGGUGUCGUAGGUUUGCCUAGUCACGAUGGGCCGAAGAAACGACAUAAAGCUCGCCCUGGUACUGCCAUUUCAAGGAAGAUGGUGCGGAAGCAGGCGAAAAAUCCUAAUAAGAAGCCAGCUGCCAAUCCGGCAGUAACAGCUCCUCCGCCUGCGAUUGCGAAGCAAGGCAAGAAGUCAUCAGCUGUUGAAACGAAAGUUCCGAAGUCGACACCGACGACGAAGAAGAAAAAUUUCAAUCAACAGUCCACUGAUCGUGCAGGAGCCAAAUUCCAAGCGUUAGUGGACAAAUACAAGAUGAAGCUGUCUCAAACUUGACCGUC